AACCUGAAAACUCCAGCUCCGAAACCGCUGAUUUGGGAAUUUUUAUAUUUUCUAACUAUUGAGAGUGGUUUAAUUUUGUGUUUUGGUAAUUGUGAUCUUUAAUUUUACAUAGAACACUUUUGUGUAAUGUCCGUCCGUUAUUUUUAUUUGGAUAUAGAGGUAAAAUUAAAUUCACCUGAGCCAUUGUACGCUCAACAAAUAAUACAAGGUGCAACCAAAGAACUAUUUGGGGAGUGUGGGGUCAUAUCUACUGAUAUACUGAGUUUGCGGCCUGUAGAUCAAAACUGUCGAGUCCUAGUUAGAGUGCCUGCCAGGUUCCUACGUAAACUACGAGCAGCAUUAGCCCUAUCCACAAAAGUGCUUUGUGUACACAACGAAGCCCCAUCCUUGCAAGCUCUUGUAUAAUUAUCGCAACCAAGAUGGCUUCGAGAACUGUUUGGGAAACUGGUGAAAAUGGAAAGGAUGUUAUAAUAGUAGCCUCUAAGGAGGAGCUGGCAAAGCCCAGUACAGUAGAGCUGCCUGAGCCAGAGCAGCCACCCGGCUUGAUCCUCAAAGAUGGCUCUAUUAACUGGGGCUGUCCCUGUUUAGGAGGCAUGGCUACUGGGCCAUGUGGCACACAGUUUAGAGAGGCUUUCUCCUGCUUCCACUACAGUGAAGCAGAACCAAAAGGUAGCGAUUGCUACGAGAAGUUCAGUACAAUGCAGGAGUGUAUGUCGCAGUAUCCUGAGUUGUACGGGCGGGAUGAUGAUGAUGAUGAGCUGGCUGCGGCGUUCGAGGCAUCAGGGGACUCAGCCGUCGAGAGCACAGAGGCCGGAGAGGCUCCGGCAGUCACAGAAGCUGGACCGGCUCCGCCCGCGCCGGAUAUAUCCGCCACGCCGGACCACUAGCCCGCUGCCAUCUGCAACAUACUACCUCUGAACCACUGAAUACUGCGUUUGAAAUAGAAAUGUGCGACAAGGACUAUGAUUGAAUCACAAUUUGUUUAGAAUUCACAUAUUCCUUUACUAAGGGCCUGUUUCACCACUUCCUGAAAGUGCAGAA